AUGGUAAACGUGCAAGAAGUCCAAUUCAAACCCUUCGCGGACCAGAAGCCUGGUACAUCAGGACUUCGCAAGAAGGUCGCCGUCUUCCAACAGCCUCACUACAGCGAGUCCUUCAUCACCUCGAUCCUCCUGUCCAUUCCCGAAGGUGCAGCUGAUGCGUUCCUCGUCAUUGGUGGUGAUGGACGAUACUGGAAUCCUGAAGUGGUCCAGCUGAUUGCGAAGAUUGGUGCUGCAUACGGUGUAAAGAAGCUUCUCAUCGGCCAGAAUGGCAUCCUGAGCACUCCAGCUGCCAGUCACGUCAUUCGCAUCAGAAAGGCCACGGGUGGUAUUCUUCUCACUGCCAGUCACAACCCUGGUGGCCCCAAAGCAGACUUCGGCAUGAAGUACAACCUCUCCAAUGGUGCCCCUGCCCCGGAAUCCGUCACAAACAAAAUCUUUGAAAAGUCAAAGUCCCUUACCUCAUACAAAAUUGCAGACAUUCCCGAAGUGGACCUGACUACAAUCGGCACCAAGAAAUAUGGGGAUCUGGAAGUCGAGAUCAUCGACUCGGUAGCGGACUAUAUGGCUAUGUUGAAGGACAUCUUCGACUUCGACCUCAUCCGGUCCUUCUUCAAGUCUCAGCCCGACUUCAAAGUUCUCUUCGAUGGUCUCUCCGGCGUCACUGGUCCCUAUGGCGUCGCCAUAUUUCAAGAAGAGCUCGGCUUGGGGCCUGAGAGCACUCAGAACUGCCAGCCGAGCCCCGACUUCAACGGCGGUCACCCAGACCCGAACCUGACGUACGCCCAUUCUUUGGUCGAAAGGGUUGACAAGGAGGGUAUCCACUUUGGUGCCGCUUCGGAUGGCGACGGUGACAGGAACAUGAUUUAUGGCAAGAAUGCCUUUGUCUCGCCUGGAGAUUCCCUGGCUAUCAUUGCCCACUACGCUCAGAAGUACAUUCCUUACUUCAAGAAGCAGGGUGUCUACGGCCUAGCAAGGUCUUUCCCCACCUCGGCAGCACUCGAUCUUGUGGCCAAGAAGCAGAACUUGAGCCUCUAUGUCGUGCCCACUGGAUGGAAGUUCUUCUGCGCGCUCUUCGAUACUAACAAGAUGUCGAUCUGCGGUGAGGAGUCGUUUGGCACUGGCUCGAAUCACAUCCGAGAAAAGGACGGCUUAUGGGCCAUCACCGCUUGGCUCAACAUCAUUGCGGGUGUGGGGAAUGAAACCGGCAAGUUCCCGUCUAUUGCUGAGAUUCAAAAGGAAUUCUGGCACGAGUAUGGCCGCGUAUAUUUCACACGAUACGACUACGAGAAUGUGAGCAGCGAAGGGGCGAAUAACAUGGUCAAGUAUCUCAAAGAAAAGAUUGCAAAGUCCGACACUGUCGGUUCAGAGCUUCAAGGCCGCAAGAUUGUAGAAGCGGACGAUUUCUCAUACACCGAUCUCGACGGCUCGGUGUCAAAGAAUCAAGGGAUCUAUUUUAAAUUCGACGACGGCACAAGAGUUGUUGUUCGAUUAUCGGGUACGGGCAGCAGCGGUGCCACCAUCCGUCUCUAUGUCGAGAAACUCGAGGAGGACAAGAGCAAGCUUGGCGAAGACACGCAGGCCUAUCUCAAGGGAUCGGUCGGCCUUGCCAUGGAACUCUUGCAGCUCCAGAAAUUCAUUGGCAGAACCGAGCCAGAUGUCAAGACUUAG